GCCAAACUAAACGAGCUUGUCAAAUCGCGUCUCGCGCCGUAGACGUUUGCUCGUGCGGCGGCGACCCGCUCGCGCUUUGGACUUGUGUAGUGUCGAAAAUAUGCCUUUUAUUUCUAAAGACUGGCGUUCACCUGGCGAGGAGUGGGUUAAAACACAGGAAGGAUGGGAAAAGAAGAAAGUACUAGAGUGUACAGCGCAGAGAUAUCCCGCUAUUUCUAACUAUAAUAACCCAGCUGACCAGCCAAAGUCAUGGAGCCAGGAAGGUGACGAAGGCGAGAAAGGCGACUCCGUGGCCAGAGUUCCCCCGCACUGUCAUAUCACUAUCAAAUGUACUAGAGAGAUCGCAGGCUUCAACGGCCUCUCGGAGGCCGUCCGCCGCCUGGACUUCUCUUCAGCUGUCCGCGACGUCCGUCGGUUCAAUUAUAUCUGCGCGUUACUAGAACUGUUGCUGGGCGGUCAGCGCCUGACGCAUUUACCUGGCGCGGCGCAGAAGUUACUACUUUCUAUGCUGGAACAACUUGCGGACCAAGUGGCCACAUCGAAGCAGAACCUGAACGCCCUCCGCGCGCUCCUGGGGGCUCUGGGCGCGCUGCGCGAGGCGGAGCGGCGCGCGUGCUGGGGCCGGCCGCUCGGCUCGCGCGCGCUGUGGGGGCACCACGACCACGCCAUCGCCAGGAUACACCACAUCGCAGACAGCAUCCGGAUACAGGAGCCGGGACCAGAGGUAGUGCCUAAACUUCACGAUUUGCCCGAGGAGUGCAUCAGGGAGAUACUACUGAGGAUAGCGGACCACAGGGAUUUAGAUGCGGCGUCAUCAGCAUGGAACGUGAUGGCCUCCGUAUGCUCGGAGCAACGCACGUGGCGUGAACUGGUCGCAUUUCACUUCACGCGUCCUCAGAUCGAGACCGUCACCAAGGACAAGGAGGAUGUUGACUGGAAGAGUGUAUUCCACCAGCUCAGGAAAUUGUAUGGGUUGCGGCAAGACGCGCAGUACGCGGAGACGUUAUCGCUGUGUCGCCACUGCAAGUGCCUUUUCUGGCGCUCGCUGGGGCAUCCAUGCAUUGCUGAUCAGUGCCCGGAGUACCGCUCGCGCCUGCGCGAGGCGGGCGGGCCGCUGCCCCCGCACCCCGUCCCGCCCGCCGCUUUCCUCAAGUUCUUCUCGCUGUGAACACGCA